AUGUCUGAAGUUAAGCAGAGGAAAAAAGGUAUUUCUUCAUCAAAGACCAAUGAAGGUUCACCAAAGGUUGAGAAGCACAGUAACUAUGGGAAGCUGGCAAGUCCCAGGACCAGCAAUAAUCGGAGUUCCUUUUGGAUGGACUCACGGACAACUUUGAGUGUAAUUUCCCUUGCUGUUUGCCUGGUGCUGACCUGGUUCCUAUUUUGUCAGUCAAGUCAAUUUGCUGAUAUGGAAAAAAAGUACAAUUUCUUACAGCAAGAAGCUGAAAAAUUCCUGGAUGUUGAAAAUAAAGUUAACUUAAUUUCUGAAAAGCUUGAGUCUUCUGAAAGUAUCCUACGAGAAGCUUCCUCAUCCAUCUCUGUGAUGACUGAGUUUGAGCAGGAAGUAUCUUCUCUUCAUAACAUCAUAAAUGAUAUUCAGAACAAUGAACAGAUUCUCUCUAGAAAGAUGGAGAGCAUUAAUGAGAAGUUCCAAAAUGUUACAAAUUCCUGGAGAAGAAACUUGGAGGAAAUGAACACAAACACUAGUGGUUUAAAAUCUGAAGUGAAGUUCAUACAUACAGAAGUUACUUCCCAAAUUAAUGAAGUUGACCAAAGAAUUAAAUCCCUUUCAGAAAAAGUAAAAGAUUUGGAAGACAGUACAGCCAGAAAUAUUAAAACGCUAAAAAAGCAAGAAGAUGAUGAAUUCUCUAGAGUUGAACAAAAACUGGACUUACAUGCAAAAGCAGUUGAAAAGCUAGAAGAACAGCAGAAUAGUCUGGUAGCCAAGGACACAGACCUGAAUCAGAAACUUGUGAACUGUGAACCUAAAAUUGAGGAGUGCAAGACCCAUUUGCCAACAAUUGAAAAUGCUAUUCACUCUAUUCUUAGAUUAUCAAGUGAAUUGCUAAGCAUGGAGAAAAAGAUAGAGGACUUGACAACACAGCUAUAUACUGUGGAAAAUGAUAUGUUGAAAACUGCUUCUGAUGCAAUGGCAAUGCAAAAGGUUCUUGAAGGCAUACAACACAAUGACAGCAUAUUGAAAGUGCAAAAUGAAAUAGUGGUUUUAAAAGAAGUAGUGCAUGACAUAAAAGUAUCUUCAAAAGUAGAAGAAAUAACUUUAGAAAGCUAUAACUUAGAAAAUGACCAGAAUGGGGAUAAGUGA